GUCAUCCAAGACAGCAUUCCAUUCCUCUAUAAUACCAUUAGUGCUUGCGUCCAUUCGUUGCACCAUCUGGCUCACAACAAGUGUUCGACAUGUCGCUAGUCGGCAACUUUGCGUUUAACAAUUUCGAUCGCACUGCGGAGACAAGUGGCGUUGGCUCUACGGGUACCGCUUUCCAGCAACGCGCUCCAGCAACAAAUGAAGAUCCAGUCGGUGCGGAGCAUGCCCAGGACCGUGGUAUCCUUUCGCGAACGAUCAGCCGGACACGGUCCUACGUCGGCUCUCCCGACAGUCGAAGACCACAAAGGCGACAGUCAGUAGCUGAAAGGUUCGACCAUGAUGUCGAGAAGGAUGGCCUCGAGGGAAUCGAGACUCCGGAGACGAAAGCAGCCUCCGAUGAAGAAGAACAAGCUCGCAGAGAUUUCGAGGUCAACGAGCUAGCCAAGUCACUCACGAGGCAUUCUACUUUGUCGAUUGUUCCGGGGAACCCAUUCGAGGCCGAGAAGGACUCGGCGCUUGAUCCAAGCUCGUCAAAUUUCAGAGCUCGAUCAUGGGUCAAAUCGAUGAUGCAGCUCCGCAAUGCCGACAAUAAGAACCCAGGUCGCUUAGGAGGUGUCGCCUUUCGGAAUCUGAGCGCUCACGGCUAUGGUGCGGCGACCGACUAUCAGAAAGACGUUGGCAACGUCUGGCUUGACACCUUUGCUUUGGUAAAGAAGGCGGUCGGUCUUGGCAAGCCGAGGCGGAUCGAUAUCUUGCGUAAUUUCGAAGGCCUAGUGGAGUCUGGCGAUAUGCUCGUUGUGCUCGGACCUCCUGGUUCCGGCUGCUCUACGUUCCUCAAGACCAUCACCGGCGAAACACAUGGCUUCGUCGUGGACGAAGACUCUUACGUGAACUACCAGGGGAUACCACCAAAGGAGAUGCACAAGUACUUCCGUGGUGAAGCAAUCUAUACUGCGGAGGUAGAUGUGCACUUCCCAAUGCUAAGCGUUGGUGAUACCCUCACGUUCGCAGCACAGGCGCGAGCACCUCGUCAUGCCCCUGGCGGUGUCAGCCGAAAGGUUUGGGCGCAACAUCUGCGGGAUGUGGUCAUGGCAACUUUUGGCAUCAGUCACACAAUCAACACACGCGUCGGUAACGACUUUGUCCGCGGCGUAAGUGGUGGGGAGCGAAAGCGUGUCUCGAUCGCCGAAGCGGCCUUGAGUGGCGCACCCCUGCAAGCGUGGGACAACAGCACGAGAGGAUUGGACAGCGCAAACGCUAUCGAGUUCUGCAAGACUGUGAGAAUUAGCACAGAGCUGGCUGGCAGCGCAGCAUGUGUUGCCAUUUAUCAAGCUCCGCAAGCCGCCUACGACAUCUUCAACAAGGCCAUCGUCCUGUAUGAAGGCAGGCAGAUCUACUUCGGUGACAGCCGCGAGGCGAGCCAUUACUUCGAGAGGCUCGGCUUCCACAAACCUGCGCGUCAGACUAGCGCAGACUUCUUGACCUCCAUGACGUCUGCCCAAGAGCGUGUCGUGAAAGAAGGUUGGGAAAGCCGCGUCCCACGAACGCCAGAUGAGUUUGCUGCAGCCUGGAAAAACAGCCCCGAGCGUAAGCAGCUGCUGGUUGACAUUGAGAGAUACGAACAGCAGUAUCCAUACCAUGGCGAGCAGUACCAGCAAUUUGCCGAUAGCCGGCGAGCGCAGCAAGCAAAGGCUCAACGCUUGAAGUCACCCUACACCUUGAGCUAUUCACAGCAAGUCCAGCUCUGUCUCUGGCGAGGCUUCCGGCGGCUGGUUGGCGAUCCUACUCUCACUUUCACGCAACUGUUCGGCAACUUCGCAAUGGCGCUGGUUCUCGGCUCAGUCUUCUACAACCUCCAACUUACAACAAUCUCUUUCUUCCAACGUGGCGCCGUACUGUUCUUCGCAGUAUUGAUGAACGCCUUUGGUGCCGCCUUGGAGAUCCUAACCUUAUACGCUCAACGACCCAUUGUUGAAAAGCAUAGCCGAUACGCUCUAUACCAUCCUUCGGCCGAAGCAGUAGCCUCGAUGCUGACGGACAUGCCAUACAAAAUCGUCAAUGCGAUCAUCUUCAACCUCACUCUUUACUUCAUGGCUAACCUGAAACGGGAACCUGGAGCGUUCUUCUUCUUCUUGUUCAUCAACUUCAUACUCACACUCACCAUGAGCAUGCUCUUCCGUUGCAUUGCGAGCUUGUCAAGGACACUGUCACAAGCUAUGGCACCCGCGGCUAUCUUGAUCCUGGGUAUUGUGAUCUUUACCGGUUUCGCCAUCCCAGUCAAUUAUAUGCUGUCAUGGUGUCGUUGGAUCAACUGGAUCGAUCCCGUUGCUUACGGCUUCGAGUCGCUCAUGAUCAACGAGUUUUCCGGGCGAUCCUAUCAAUGUUCGCAGUUCGUGCCGUCGUACGGAAGUCUGGCGCUGCAACAACAAGUGUGCUCUGCAGUUGGCUCACAACCUGGCCUAACAGCCGUCAGUGGCGAUGCUUACAUCAACUCUGCCUACCAAUACUACGCCUCACAUAAAUGGCGGAAUGUUGGUAUCAUCUUCGCCUUCAUCAUAUUCUUGUGCGGCGUUUACCUCGCCGCAACCGAGCUCAUCAGCGCGAAGAAAUCGAAGGGUGAGGUGCUGGUGUUCCGACGUGGGCAUACACCAGCCUCCCUGAAAGAGAAGAAAGACGACGUGGAGUCAUCGGAUGAUGGGACAGCUGGAGCUCCCUUGGCCAAGAAGGAGAGCUAUGUCGAGGCUUCGGACAUUAUUCAGAAACAGACGGCGAUUUUCAGCUGGAAGAAUGUGUGCUACGACAUCAAGAUCAAGAGCGAGACCCGCCGCAUUCUCGACCAUGUCGACGGAUGGGUAAAGCCGGGUACCCUGACCGCUUUGAUGGGUGUCUCCGGCGCGGGCAAGACCACCUUGCUCGAUGUACUCGCUACCCGCGUCACGAUGGGAGUUAUCAGUGGCGAUAUGCUCGUCGAUGGCCGUCAGCGCGACUCUUCCUUUCAACGCAAGACUGGCUACGUCCAGCAGCAGGACCUGCAUCUCCAGACUACAACAGUAAGGGAGGCUCUCAACUUCAGCGCCUUACUUCGCCAACCGGCUCAUGUGUCUCGCAAGGACAAGCUUGCCUAUGUGGACGAAGUCAUCAAGCUCCUUGACAUGGACGAGUACGCUGACGCUGUCGUCGGCGUGCCCGGUGAAGGCCUCAACGUCGAACAGCGUAAGCGUCUUACCAUCGGUGUGGAGCUUGCCGCAAAGCCGGAGCUGUUACUCUUCCUUGAUGAGCCGACCUCCGGGCUUGACUCGCAGACAUCAUGGGCCAUUUGCGAUUUGAUGGAGAAGCUGAAGAACUCCGGCCAGGCCAUCCUGUGUACCAUUCAUCAGCCGUCAGCCAUGCUUUUCCAACGUUUCGACCGACUACUGUUCCUCGCUAGAGGCGGCAGGACUGUGUACUUUGGCGGCAUCGGCGAGAACUCCCGCAUCCUGGCCAGCUACUUCGAGCGCAACGGCGCACACAAGUGUCCAGACGAUGCCAACCCGGCCGAGUGGAUGCUCGAAGUGAUAGGUGCUGCUCCCGGAACUCAUACAGACAUCGACUGGCACCAGACCUGGAGGGACAGCAAGGAGUACCAAGAAGUCCACGCCGAACUAGGCCGUCUUGAGCACGAACGUCCGAAGGAAGCACCCCCUAGGACAUCCACGGAGGACAAAGCGUCGUAUCGCGAGUUCGCCGCACCGUUUGGACUCCAGUUCUGGGAGGUUACCCAGCGCGUAUUCCAGCAGUAUUGGCGCACACCAUCCUACAUCUAUUCGAAGACGGCGCUGUGCCUUUUCUCGUCGCUCUUCAUCGGCUUCGUCUUCUACAACGCCCCCCUCACCCAGCAAGGCCUGCAAAACCAAAUGUUCAGCAUCUUCAUGCUGUUCACCAUCUUCGGCCAAUUGGUACAGCAGAUCAUGCCGCACUUCGUUACGCAAAGGGCGCUUUACGAAGUCCGCGAGCGACCCAGCAAGACAUAUUCCUGGAAGGCCUUCAUGUUCUCAAACAUCCUCGUCGAGCUGCCAUGGAACACGCUGAUGGCCAUCAUCAUCUUUUUCUGCUUCUAUUACCCGAUUGGACUGUACAAAAAUGCCAUUCCCACCGGAGAGGUCCAUCUCCGAGGCAUUCAGUUCUUCCUUCUCGUGUGGCAGUUCCUGUUGUUCACCAGCACCUUCUCAACCUUCAUCAUCGCCGGCAUGGCUGACGCGGAGACUGGGGGCAACAUUGCCAACCUGAUGUUCUCGCUCUGCCUCAUCUUCUGUGGUGUUCUCGCCUCACCGCAGGAUCUUCCCGGCUUUUGGAUUUUCAUGUACCGAGUCUCUCCCUUCACGUACUUGGUGGAAGGUAUGCUCUCCACCGGCGUCGCCAAUCAACAAGUCACCUGCGCCAGCAACGAAUACCUCACCUUCAGCCCACCGUCCGGUCAGACCUGCCAGGCAUACAUGCAAAGCUACAUCUCACAAGUCGGAGGUUACCUCGAGGAUCCGAACGCGACGUCGACCUGUCACUACUGUACCUACUCGAGCACGAAUGUGUUCUUGACCGGUGUGAGCGCCCGGUACUCGCACGCUUGGCGGGAUUUCGGAAUAUUGUGGGUGUUUAUUGUGUUCAACGUGUUUGCGGCUGUUGGGAUCUACUGGCUUGCGAGGGUGCCGAAGAAGGCGAAGAAGGCUAAGAAAGAGUAAUUGGGAUGGGUAACGGGUAUCGCGGCGUGGCUUGUAUAUGGGUACAUGUAUUUGGUCA